AUGGUAAAUACAAAUGCUCCAAGAAAGAUUCACAAGUUGACAAAAAAGCGUCGAAUUAGAAGAAAGAAUCAGUUAAAUAAUUUAAAAAUGUCAGGAAAGUUACGACCUAGUGAAAUGGUCCUUCACGGUAGACAUAGAUCUAAAAAGAAACAACAAAAGUUUGACAGAUUAAUUAGAUUUCAACAAAAUCACAGAAUGGAGAGUGGAGAGAUGAUAGUCGAAAAAAUCAAUAAAGAAGAAGUUCUAUCAUCAACACCCAAUACCAAAAUGGGAACUAUAAUGGAAGUAGAUCAUUAA